GGAAAACUGCCGCUCCACAUCAAUAUAGAAAAUGUAGCAGACUGUGAUGCAGCGAUCCAAGCUAUCAUCGAAGGCCCAGAAGUUCAACACUACAAUUCUGUGAUACACGGAGUUGGUAUCAUUUUCUUGUUGCAGUCGCCAUGGCCAUCCCAAACCCGUCCGAGAGACUCGAGAGAUUCGGAUAUUUGUUUGGAUCUCCAAUUGCACAUUCAUUAUCUCCCCUCUUCCAUCAGACCGUGUAUGAUGCAUUAGGUCUGAAAUGGUCUCAAUUUCCUUUGGAGUCAACCGAUAUGAAUGGGUUUCUUGAGCUCAUCCAAGACCCAAAGUUCUACGGCGCAUCGGUCACAAUGCCCCACAAGGUGGCUAUCCUUGGAUUCCUUGAUGAAUUAACUGAGGAAGCUCGGGAUGUCGGUGCAUGCAACACCAUUUUCCUCCGGGAGAAAGAUGGGAAACGUGUAUAUGUUGGAACCAACACCGACACCAUUGGUGUUCGAGACUCGUUUUAUGCCACUGUCAAGGACCCAGAGAAGGUCUUCCAUCAUCGACCUGGAAUGGUGAUUGGUGGCGGAGGAGCCGCUCGGAGUGCCGUAUACGCUUUGCAACGAUGGAUGCAUUGUAGUCCCAUCUACAUUGUGAAUCGGGAUCGAUCCGAGGUGGAUGCGGUCAUUUCCGAGUGUCAGAAGAGAGGGUUAAGACAAGACUUGAUUCAUGUUUCUACACUCGAGCAAGCGGAAGAGUUGGAAGGGCCUGGAGCAAUUGUGUCCUGUAUUCCGAAUUUUCCUCCAAAAUCCCCUGAAGAAAAGGUUGCCCGAGAAGUCACGGAAUGUUUCUUGAACAAACCACAUAAAGGAGCCAUGUUGGAAAUGUGUUAUCAUCCUUCACCAUGGACGGAGAUUGGAGUACUGGCAGAGAAAUCCGGAUGGACUGUCAUCCUUGGGACUGAAGCGAUGAUUUAUCAAGGAUUGGAACAGGACCGAUACUGGACUGGUAGAUCUCGAGAGAAAUUGCCACUGGAGACAGUGAAGAAAGUAAUUGGAGAAAAGAUCUCAGGUGGUAACCACUGACCAUUUGGUUCCGUAACAUCUCUCUGAAUCGAAUGGAGUGAUAUUCAAGACUUGUAAUGCUUCAGCAAAUAAUCCACUGCUGCCGUAUAUCCAUAAUCUCCUAAUCCAACAAUGAC